GGCUUUCUCCUCCGUGGCUCCGCCCCCUCUUUGACGUCCCUCUGGCAACCAUGUCGGCGGGCGUGCGCAGACGUCAAGCAGCUGGCGUGAAAGCAGAAGCUCCCUCGGUCGCCGUAGUAGCUGCCCCAGCUCGCGGAGAUGAGGAGCCGGGCAUGGCGGCGGCCCCCAGCCUCUCCGCCUGCCUCAAGCUGCUGGCGGCUGCCUUCUACGGCUUCAGCUCUUUCCUCAUCGUGGUGGUGAACAAGAGCGUCCUCACCAGCUACGGAUUUCCUUCCUCGCUCUGUGUGGGACUAGGACAGAUGCUGGCUACCGUAGUUGUCCUUUGGGUGGGAAAGGCACUCAGGGUGGUCAAGUUUCCAGAUUUUGAUAGACAUAUACCUCGAAAGACUUUUCCACUACCUCUUCUCUAUUUUGGGAACCAAAUCACAGGACUGUUCAGCACAAAGAAAUUGAAUCUGCCAAUGUUUACAGUCCUGAGACGGUUUUCCAUUUUGUUUACAAUGUUUGCAGAAGGAAUCUUACUCAAGAAAAAAUUUUCUUGGGGAAUUCGGAUGACAGUAUUUGCAAUGAUAAUUGGUGCAUUUGUAGCUGCAAGUUCUGAUUUGGCAUUUGAUCUAGAAGGAUAUAUUUUUAUCUUGAUCAAUGAUGUCUUGACAGCUGCAAAUGGUGCUUAUGUAAAACAGAAGCUAGAUUCAAAGGAGCUGGGAAAAUAUGGUCUCCUUUAUUACAAUGCACUAUUCAUGAUUCUUCCUACUUUGGGCAUUGCCUACUUCACAGGAGAUGCACAAAAGGCAAUGGAAUAUAAAGGUUGGGCAGAUACCCUUUUCCUUGCACAAUUUACACUCUCCUGUGUAAUGGGGUUUAUUCUGAUGUAUUCAACAGUACUUUGCACUCAGUAUAACUCUGCCCUUACAACUACAAUAGUUGGCUGUAUUAAGAAUAUACUAAUAACUUACAUAGGAAUGUUCUUUGGAGGAGAUUAUAUUUUCACAUGGACAAAUUUUGUAGGAUUAAAUAUUAGUAUUGCUGGAAGCCUCGUAUAUUCCUACAUCACUUUUACAGAAGAACAAAUAAGUAAACAGUCUGAAGCUAGCAUCAAGAUGGACAUUAAAGGGAAAAGCGCUGUAUGACAAUAGGCAUGCUUACUAGAGUAACUCUCACUUUUUAGAAAGAUGUUGUUGACAAAUCACUGUAGUAUGCAGUUUCUGAAUGGAAUUGGAUGGCUAAGUCGUAUUUGCACAAUCUGAAGAUCGCCACAUUUGGAAUCAAUUAUUUAUACUGGACUGCACAUACGAUGAAUAGAUUGCAUUUAGGCUGCAAGGAAUUAUAUAUGUAGUGAAACAGGAUUAAUAAUCUCAAAUGCAGCAAAAGUGUUGUUGAUCAGGAUUGGGUGCAGCAAGAAAAUGCAUCAAUGAAAUCAAGCAAGCCUAUUGUUCAGACUCUCAUGGUUUUGGCUUGUUGAACCCUCCAACUUUAACUGCAUUUUCCUUGAAGUCAUGCAAUCUGUAUGAAUGAAAUGUACUGAUAGUUCCUAUAUCUUGUUGCAUGAAGCUGUGUAUAAAUAAGAAGAUACUCUGAACUGCGGUUUGUGGGGAAGGUAGACCUACAUUCACAAUCAACAGAAAUGUUACCCAAACAAAUUUAGGAUUUGUCAAUGUCCCAUCUAAUUUUUUUCCCUGAACCUAGUGAAGCACUUUUAAGUGUGUGUUACACAUUGAUUGGGUUAGCUUGGUCAGAAUUGUUUCAAACUUUUAUAGACUUAUCAGUACCUGUUACAGAUAAAGAACAGAUAAAUGUUCUAAAGAGUAAGGUUUUAAAUGCAGUUUUCUCCUGAAGAAAUGAGAAAAACAAACUACAGUACUAAAAUGUGGGUGUUUUUCCCCAGUAAAAGGUUUUCUUUUAUUUACUUAGUUUUUUUCUAUGCAAUCAGUGUCCUUUUUUAAAGAAAAAUCUCAUCACUGUUUGUUUUUUAAAGGUUAUAGCUUUUUAAAAGACUGUUAUAAAUGAGAGUUUGCCCUUCGGUGAUUUAAGUGUUUAGAAAUGCACAUUUUUUUUCUGGAAAAAAGUAGUUUUGCAAACGUUUAUUGAAGCUUUUUGGACAUAGAAAAGCAUGCUGUUGGAAGUUAUACCCCCAGUAUAUCAACUCUAGCUUCCUUUUUGAAAUAGGUUCACAUAUCAUGCUAAACCAUUAAACAGGUCCCAUUUUGAAGAAAGUGAAGUCCUGGGUGUUCACAUUGAUGUGGAAGAAGCUGUUUUCAAAGGAGCCUCACCAGCCUUGCAAAUUAAGCUUUUGUAUCUGUUUGAGGUUUUCAUAUUGUUGCAAAGCAAAUCAGAUUUACAAUGUCUCCAACACAAGUCUUUAAAAGAAAUGAUAGUAUAUUCUACUAUCAGUUGCCCUAUCAUAGGCCUCUUACCCACUUACACUGAAACAUGAGGAAAACUGGAUAGUAUUUGGAUAGUGUUUAUCCAGAAAAUUCUGAAUUUUAAGGAGCUAUCUGUCAAAUUCAGACCAUGUUUGAAAAAUGGCUCAAAGCAAAAUAUUCUGCUGAACGAAUUCCAGUUUGCUUUUCACUAAAGAAAACCUAGCUUCAGUUUAUUUGACUCAAUGAACCACAAAUUCCUGGCCUUGUACGUAGAGAGAUUGAAAAAUAUAAUAAAUAAUCCCUUUUAAACAUUAAAGACAUUGUAAUGGAGAACUCUGUGAGAUUGGCAGCUAUCAUCUAUGGUAGAUGGUAGGACUUUUUUUUUUUUUUUUUUACUAGCAGGAUCUUAUUAAAAGGCACAUGCUUUCAUGAAUUGUAGCUCAUAUUUGCAAUUUUAAAACAAAACUACACCAGAAUCAACUCACAUAAAAUAUCUUCAGGCUGUCAAUAUCUAAGGUUUAACAAACACAAAUGAUUUUAAUACAUUGCUAUUAUUAAUUCAUGAGGUACUUAUAAUUUGUCCUACAUGUAACCUGCAUAUGCAGAACUACCCUUUUUUCUUCCACUUGCUGCAUUUUUUUUUCAAAUCCUCUCCUUUUAUCCACUUCAUGCAUCCAAUAAAGUGAGUACAACUCAUAAAAGCUUCUGCCUUUUAAUAAAACUUGUUAAGCACCUUUUAAUUAUUAAACAUUCUAAGGUAUUAGUUUUUCUAAAUUUCAAAAAGAAAAAAGUUAAAUACUAAAAUGAUCAGAAUUUAAAAGAUUUCUCAUCCAAGAAGCUGAGAUUGUAAGUGAAUUUCUUGCUAAGGAGAAUUUCUACCCUGUUGUUCUAUUGUCCGGACAACUUCUGGUUCAGGAUUGUCAAGCCUGUGGAAGUGGUGCCAAAAUUCACACACUAACAAAAUUGCCACACUAACAAAAAUGAAGUAAUUUUAAUCUGUCCCUCUCAGUGGGCCUCAAGAUUGUCUUGUCUGUUUUUCCGUAUCCCCAUGAUUUUGUAUGUAAGGUACAGUUAUGUCCUUAAUGGCUUUGUGGGUUAAAUUUAACUCUAAAUUGAAGUCUGUGAAACAGGUAAAUCUUACAUAUUCUGUGUUAAAUAUAAAUAUGCAGUCAUUCCUGAUCUGGCACCAAAAGCCGAAUUAUGUAUACUGGAGACAUUAUUUAGCAUGUAAUUAUUAUUGUUUUGCAUAUUUAUGACUUUGUUAGAGGAGGGGGGCAAAGAACUAUGCUGGACAUUGCAACAACACUAAGAAGAAAUCCUACUCCAACAGUAAGUUGCUGUCUGAGAUCGCAGAUUGUUUGGCACACUUUAAAAUACAUUCUCUUAGCCUUAAACUGUUGAAAGUAAACACAGAACUUCAGAGUGCAUACUUGCAAUAUGCAGAGUGGGUAACUAACAGUUGUUCUGGAAUAAUGUAAAGCAGAAAAGAGAAUCCUGGAGCUUCACAGCAACAUGACGGUCUUGAGCCUUUUUGCAGCCUCGGAAAUACUCUUAUCCAUAAUGUUGCAAAUUUAUUGCUGUUUUGAGGUAUGAAGUACAUGUGCAAGUCUUUCAAUAGGUUUACUGCGAUUUGAAAAACAAGCCCUGUUCUCCCCAUAAGAUACCCCCUCCCAACCAUUAGCAAUAGGUGCAUUGUAACCUUUGAUCAAUAGAACAUUGUCCAUUCAAGCAAGAAGCAACUUUUUAAAUGUUAUGGGCUCCAUGUUUUUCUUUUGGAUAAAUGCUGUCUUAGCCAGCAGCAAUUUUGGAGGAGGGUGGAAUAGUGAAAUUUGGGUGUGCCAAUUUUUUUUUUCUUUGCCUAAGAUGUGUUAAGUCAUCCUUUGCCGUGUUUAGGUUUUUUUUUCUGUUUUCAAUUCUAAACCAUGGAAGUUUAUUCCUUCCUUUAUUACUGCUUUGCUGCUGAAUUUAAACACUAUGAUUGUAGGUAGUUCUGCAGACCACAAGAGUCAGUUCGACAAAAAAAGAUGUGUAGUUUCUCCAAGUCUAUAAAUCAAUUAUCAGAACCAAUAUUUUAAUCAAAAUGAUUUAUCUCUAGAUUUUAUACCUGCCAGCUAUUUAGAAGAAUGAACUAUCUUGACUUUGAAGGUAGAUUAAAGGGAUCUAUUAUACUAGAAUUUUAUUUUCUUGUCUACUUAUGCUGGCUUGUUAAGUAGAUAAUGGUAGCAUUUAGGUGAUGCAGGCUAAAAAAUGGAUUACUUAGCACACAGCUGCCUUGGUCUACUGUUACCUUAAUUAUACUGUACACCAAAAUUCUCAUAAAAUGCUUGUGGAUGAUUUAUGCAAAUAAACGUAGAAUAAGGGAUGCUGUUAGACUGGAAUUCUUAUAAUUCAGUCAAAUUAUUGUAUUUUUGUUAACCUGCUCUACUGAGGCAGUUGCUCUCAGGUACUUGUUAGACAAAAUGUUAAUCUACUGGAUAGAUUUACUGCCAUAUUAAAUAGUACUGAGUUCAUUUGCUUUUUUGUAAUAUACACAUUUUUAGUGCCAAGUUUUAGAAAAUAUAUAUACUGCCUAGGUAAGCAAGUCUUAUAGUUUUAUUUUCUACACUGUUAAACUUCCUGUUACUAUUUUUCCUAUAUAGAACAAUCCAGCAUUAGGAAUAAACAUUUUUAAUGUAUAACUUUUUUGUGCUAUGUAUUUUUGUACUGGCUUAAAUAAAUCAAGAUUGUCUCCAUUUA